ACGAUCCCUUCAAAAUCUCAAACCCUUAACAGUCUUCAUCUAUCUCAAAAUCCCUAUUUCUACAUUAUCUUUAUAAAUAUAUAAUUAUCUGUUAGUUGAAGGUUGAAGAAAGGUGGUUAAGUAAUGAUACCUCCAAACAUGGCCACAAUCACUGCAUCUUUAGAGAGGUCUCUUCAAAACUGUUCGCUAAAUCAUCACCGAAGUAGGGGAGUUUUAGCCGCUGGAGAGAGGUCUUCGAGCACUGACGAUGUUGAUGCUGAUGCAGAAGCUGAAGCAGCACCGCCUCAGCAAAAUCAUCUUCUUCCUACUUCUGAUGACACCACCUUGGAGCUUAACUCUCAUCUCUCUCUACCUUACCAUUGGGAACAAUGCCUCGAUUUAAAGACAGGGGAGAUUUACUAUAUAAACUGGAGGAAUGGAAUGAAAGCCAAAGAAGAUCCAAGACUAACACCCUACAACGGGGAUUUCUACUCAGAAGAUGACAGCUCAUAUGACAGUGAGGAGUCAUCAUCAGAAUCCUCCCCUCCAUCUUCUUCAAGAGAACAUUAUCGGGUGCAGAAAGAAGAUCAUGUCCUGGUUGUGGCUGGUUGCAAAAGCUGCUUCAUGUACUUCAUGGUCCCAAAACAGGUUGAAGAUUGCCCCAAAUGCAAUGGCCAACUUCUCCAUUUUGAUAGAUCUGAAAAUGGUUCUCCAUGAAUUGAAUUUCUUGUUUCUUUUGCGUUAAUCUCUAUGGUUUUAAUUUUUAAUUCAAAGAACUCCUUUGUGCUUUUGAAAAUUUUCUGAGCGUGGAAUGAUCAUGAAAUGCGUUACAAAUGGGGAUAUUAGCUAGCCUGUUUUAGUUUACUAUUAUUUCUCCACCACUUCUUUUUCUUUUUCUCUUCUCUUUCUUCUAGCUGUUACAUUUGUUUUGUUUUUUUGGUUUCUUGAGGGCGCCAUUGAAGCCACCUAGCUAGGGAGAGAGAGUGCCAGUGCUAAGGUCAAUGCACAAGAAAGAAUAAUAUUUGGUAAUGAUUGAAACGUGUAGCUUUUCUUA